AUGGCGACACUACGAAUUGAAGAGGAUGAAGCGGUUGAAGAAGGGGUGCAGAAAUUCUUCGACUUGUUGACGCGGCUUGAGGGAGCUGAUUUGAACUAUGAUGAGCUCCAAAAGAAGACCAAGUUGCUGGCCCUACUCCCUGAGUCAUGGUCCUCGCUCAUCAUCAGCCUUAAUCGCGACUUGCCCCGCCUCUCGCUUGAAGACGUGAAGCGAGCUAUCCUUCAAGAGGAUUUCCGCCGCCGUGAGUUGGCGAGUGCGGAUGGCGCUGGGGCAGCGAGCAUCGGCCGUGGAUAUGGUCGAGGAAGAGGUAGAGGACGAGGGGGAGGAAGGUUUGGUGGCAGCAACUUCGGCGGAGGCCGCGGGAGUGGCGGUUACGGCAGCGACGACAAGAGCUACGGACGCGGUCGCGGCCGAUUCGACGGCGAGUGUCACUAUUGCCACAAGAGCGGACACAUGUGGCGCGACUGCUACAAACUCCCUGAUGGUUGGACCCCUGCUCAAGGCCAAGAGGGUAGAGGAGCAGGAGGAGGGAGAGGAAGAGGCCGUGGAGGCCGUGGCGGUCGCGGUGGCGGAGCUGCAAACAUGAAGAGCGGAGACAACGACAAGGACCCGAGCAACGAUCGGUACCCGGGUCUAUUCUACUUCGUGUCGACGCAAGUACCGACUGGUCCAGAGAAGGAUGAAGGCUUUGAGGAGCCAGCAGCUGUGGGGAAGGUGGCUCUACACCCUCUGGACUAUUGGGUGAUCGAUAGUGGCGCUACCUAUAGCAUGACACCUCGCCCGGACUUGCUCACCGAACUCGAACCGUCACCGGUGAAGCAUGUCACAUCAGCUUUGGGGCAGCGAGCGGAGGUGAAAGGCAUGGGCAAGGCCAUGUUUAAGGGUGCUGAUGGGAAGAUGGUGGGCCUCAAGAAUGUGCUUUGGGUGCCCAGCCUUGCUGCCAACCUGAUUUCCGUGCGGCCGUUGGCAAAGGCCGGCAUGGACACGAACUCAAAGGGAGCCAAGACCUACACUGCAAGGCUUGGCGAUCGGAUUCUUUGGGACCUUCAUGAGGACAGAGAUGUCUACAACGAGAUGUGGCAGAUCCCUGUGGUCCCAAUGCCUAAGGAGAGGCAAGUGGCAGCAAGCGUCAGCACCAAAGGUGGAGCGGUUGGUAGCGGCGAUUGCGCGGACGGUCGCGCUAAGGAGAAGGAGUCCAAGAAGUGCAAUCUUGGAGGGACCAGCAAGCUUGGUGAACCUAUGGAGAGAGGUGCAGCAGCCAAGGAGCAGCAAAAGGGUGAGGAGAACCCCGAGGCAGCAGCGGAGGAGGACUACGGAGAGAGUAUGUGGGGCGCUAUUGCGAGCGCGGCAUUCUCCAAUCCAACUUCGGCUAAGGGGGAGUGUGAUUGGCUCACCUUGCAUCGGCGCAUGGGGCAUGUGGCCCUGCCCAUCUUGCAGCAGCUAGUAAAGAAUGAGAUGGUUGCUGGCAUACGUGUGAAGGGGGAGCCCGAUGAGGUACUUGGCUGCCCGACGUGCAUGCAAGCCAAGUUCACCCGUUUCCCAUUCUCUAGUUCGGAGGCAACGGCUAAGGCACCACUUGAUGAGGUGGUGAUGGACGUGGUGGGCCCCCUGAAGCUUGGAGCUGCUGGAGCUGAGUACUUCCUCACUAUUGUGGACGUCUACACCCGUAUGACUUGGGUGUACGUGCUGGCCAAGAAGAGCGACGUGGCUGAAACGUUGAAGGCGGAUUGGUUCCCGAUGGUGGAGCGGCAACAAGACCGUCUAGUCAAGUCAAUCCGUACCGAUCGAGGGGGAGAGUUCCUGAGCAAGGAGUUUGGGUUGUGGCUGAAGAAGAAUGGUAAUCGGCACUCCCUCACCAUGCCAUACUCCCCUGCAAUGAACGGCAUCGCUGAGCGAGCGAACCGCACAAUCACGGAGGCGGCACGCGGGUUGCUUAUUGAAGCCGGGCUACCCGACUAUUUCUGGCCUGAUGCGGUGCGGAGCGCGUGUGUGGCCAAGAACCGAGCCUUGACUCAUGUGGGAGCAGACAAAUGGGUGCCCUAUGUGGAGUGGCUAGGAAGGAAGCCAAAGGUGGAUAUGCUUCGGGCGUUCGGGUGCAUGUGCAUGGCGCUCGCGCCUAAGCAUCUUCGGCACAACAAGCUUGGUGCCAAGGCGGUGUGGGCCGUGCACUUGGGCAUGGCUCAAAACAGCAAGGGAUGGCUUCUUUGGGACCCAUUCACCAAGAAGUUCUUGGUGAGCAGGGACUGCAAGUUCAUGGAGAACUUCAUGUACAAAGAUUGGAUGGCGGAGAAUGAGGCGAAGAUAGGCGUGCGGUUUGGGGAGGUGAAGAGUUCCGGUUUGGAGCAUGUGGAGCUGCCUUUGGAGCUGAGCAGCGGCAGCACAACCACAAGGCAAUCCUCCCUUGUGAAUGGGGGAGGGGAGGCCAAUGAUGCAGAGGAAGAAGAGGAGGAGGUGCAGCAAGUGAGCGAGCGUGCACCGUCACUCCCUUCCCGUACUACGAGUGCUCCACGGAUUCGAGCCACACCGCAGCAACGCCAAGGCCUUCAAGUCCCUGCAGCUGAGGAGGAAGGAAGGGGCAAGAGGAGAGUUCAACCCCCUAAUAGGCUGACCUAUGAUGCGCUGGGAAAGCAGGGCAAGACAGCCCUGGCCGGAGCGGCAAUGAUGGUCGGAGACGACGAGGAGAGUGACUACGAGGAGUGUGCCUUCGCGUUCUUCUCUCCGGUGGAGAUGCCGGGAGAACCAGCAACUCUCAAGGAGGCUUUGGAGAGUAGUGAUGCUGAGGAGUGGAAGAAGGCCAUGGAGAGUGAGCUGAAGAGCAUCAAGGAGAAUGACACGUUUGAAUUGGUGGAGCUACCGGAGGGGCGUACGGCGAUAACGUCCAAGUGGCUCUUCAAAAUCAAGUCGGAUGCCGACGGCAAGAUCGAGCGCUACAAGUCUAGGCUUGUAGCCAAGGGGUACCAGCAGAAGGAGAAGGUGGACUUCAAGGAACUGUUUGCCCCUGUGGUGAAGCCGACGACGCUGCGAACCCUAUUCGCGGGAGCCGCCAUCAAAGGAUGGGGCAUGGGAUAA